CUUAUUAUAGAAUAAAUAUUUUAUAAAUGUACAUGCUUUAAAUUGAAAAAAAUCUGUUUGAUAUAAGUGGAUUAAUCUAAAUGUUAUAGAUAUUAAAGAGCAUUUGUGGAAGCUUUUAAAUUUAGUUAGAGAAGCAAAUUUUAGGAAAAUUGAAUUCAAAACUUACCAAUGUAUUUAUGUUUUUAUAAGUUAAGAACGUGUAGGGAAGGGGAGACAGUUGAAGAACGAGGCAAGCAAAAGAUGUUCCACGUUGCAUAGGAAAGCUCACGUGUCACAUUCUAAACUCAGCCACUUUCUUCCUAUAACUUCACCAUGAUAAUCAACACGUACAUUCUCUGUUUUUGUGAAGAAAAGAUCGGUGCAUGUUGGAAAGAAGAAUUUGGGAUCAAAACAAAGAUGGCUCUCAGCAUUUCCUUAGCCAAGAAUGUCAUCUUCAACCUCUGCAAGCCCAAAGCGGCCUUCGCCAAUUCUUCUCCUUCAUUAUUUCUCAAUAAUCACUCCACCAAACUUUCAUCCCUCUCUUUCUCUACUUCUGCUUCUAAACAUCCAUCUUGGGAUGGAAAUGGCGUGGAUGCGAACAGAGACUCGAGUCCGGACUAUGCGUAUGAAGACGCGAAGGAACAAGCGAAGGAAGAGGCCAAAGAAAUGAAGGAACGAGCGAAGGAAGGGGCCAAAGAAAUGAAGGAGAAGGCGAAGGACUACUCGCAGGAGACCAAAGAGAAGGUGGCGGAGAAAACAAACAAAGCCUCAGAGACGGCCUCGGCAGCGAAGGAGAAGGUAAAAGACUACGCACGUGAUGCCAAAGAGAAGGCGAAGGAAGGAACAAACCGAGCGACAGAGACAGUGGAGGAGGCGACGGAGAGAGCGAAAGAGGGUGCAAAGGGGAUGAAGGAUAAGACAAAGGAGAUGGCGAAGGAAGGGACAAAUAAGGCGACGGAGACGAUGCAGAAUAUUGGGGAGAAAGCGAAGCAGACGGUGCAAGGGGCGUGGGAAGCUGCAAAGGAUACAACGAAUAAGGUGAAGGAGAAGGUAAUGGGGACAAAUAAUGAGGAAGAGGAUGAAGAAGGAAGGAGGGGGAAGGUGAUGGAUGAAGAUGUUGUGGAUGUUAGGAGAAAAGCUGGGAACAAGUAUGAUGAAUGAAUGAAUGAAAUAUAUAUUUUCAAAUUUCAAAUAAUGUGGUUUGAUCAGUUCUGUUUCCCUAUCUUGGUUCUUUAAUUUCUGCUAACAUCAGUUGGAAUGAAGGUUCUUUUUUUCUUUUUUCUUUUUUGUAUUUCUUUGAAGGAAUAUAAAUAAAGUAGAUUUUGAAACAAAAA